UAAUUUCAUAAUCUGAAUCUUGUCCGAGAAAACUCGAUUUGAAAUCAGAGAAAACUAAGUGUAGUAAAUUCAAGGAAAACUCCGACCAUGGAAUCGGAAACCACCACCGGCACCGACCGUGAUACCAAUCCAUGGACUUCUUCCACCAACUGGUCCAUUGCUCGCGGCUCUCUCGUAAAGUCAAUCACUUUCGACUCAUCUCUUUCUCCGAUCGACGGAGAUGGCGAUGGCGAAGACCUCUAUUCUUGUUCGAAUGACCCCCUCGUUCUGAAACCUUCGGUACCAGAUUCAGGGCCUUGUGAGAUCACAAUUUGUUUUGCACAAAAGCAUGAGGUCCAGCAGAUUUAUGUUAGGAGCACUGCUCGAGUGUAUGAGAUAUAUUAUGAGUCAAACCCACAGAAUGGCAAAGAAUAUCUUUGCACUGUUCGCUGUGGCAUUGCUGCUAGAGAUGAAGAAGUGCUUCAAGCAAUUGAUAAGGAGCAAGUGCUUUCUGCAUGCUCAAAGGGAGCUCAUGAUGAUCAAUUCAAAGAAAAUGUAAGAAAUGGCGGUAGUCGAAGCAGUGAAGAUGAAUGGGUAGAUGUUAAAGUCACAGAUAAUUCGUUGCCGAUGAUCACGCAGGAUUAUUAUGAGGCUACAGCACAGAUCAGCGAUGCAGAUCCGUGUAUAUCCAUUACCAUUCGUCUACUAUCAGUUCAGAAUAAGGACAGUGUUUAUGUUGAUGAGGUAUAUGUGUUUGCUGAUCCUGUUGACUCGGCUGACUUGGAAAAGGAAGUGGAUAAGAGGGAAAACUCCACUGGAAAUUCUCUUAUGACAAUGCUAUUACCUACCCUCAUGCAAAUGUCUAAAACAAAGGGGGCCACCAGAAUGGAAGAUAAACAAACUUCUGAGGCCCAGAAGAAACAGAAUUUUGGGGAAAGUGGAUCGGAAGCAGCUCAUUCUAUCAACACUGCUACUACAAUGCAGAGGGAAGGAAAUUCCAGUGUUGCUGAUUAUCAAAGAGUUGAGUUUCAGGACGUGAAUAGGGCUAGUGUAAGUACUGCCCAAUUACAGAGUCCUGUGCAAGUUUCUCACAGUGUAAGCAAGGCUGGCCUUCCUCCAAAUGAUCAUGUUGAAAGGGCUUUGGACCAACUUUCUUCUCGGAUGGGAAGAAUAGAGGAUUUAUUCUUAAGGUUUGAAGAGAACUUGUUAAAGCCUAUACAUAGCAUUGAGGCAAGGCUCCACAGGGUCGAGCAGCAUCUUGAAGUACUCACCAAUAAACAGAAGGAUUCUGAACUUCCUACUUGCUCGAGAUUUUGUGCUCCAAAUUUUUCUUUAGUCCAGUCUGAUUCCAAUUCCUUGAAUCAUAGUGAAAUUGAUUAUCCUCGUUGUGAGGAAGUAGAAUCAAAUAUUAAGAGUGUUCAUUCUGAAGUGCAAACCAACUCGGUUAAUGAUUUUUCUGACUCUGUUAAUGCUACUCUGUUUCUUCCAAGUCUUGUAGUUACUGCUCCUGAGUUUUCAACAUGCGAUGAUGAGGAAAGUCAUGUAUCAGAAACAGUAGAUGAUUCUUCUGUUGAUAAACCAAGGGACAGAUUGACGGUUGAUGGUGCUUUAGCUUCUGCACUUGCUCGAUUUGUAUCUUCAAUUUCAAUCCAGACAGAAGAUCAUUCUCCAGCUCUUUCAGUCAAAGCUCCUGAGUUUCCAAGUGAAGAAGAUAUCGAAGUUGACAAAGUAGAUUUACCAAGAGGUCAAUCUCAAAUAGGAACUUGUGAGACAGCAACCAUAAAUGUGGUUGAGAACAACCAAUCUGAGAAAACAGCUGAAGAAGAUGAUGAACAGGACCGGCAUAAUGAGAGAGUAGAGGAAGAUGAAGCUUCUGGCGAAUGUGUAAACAAAAUUGUUUACCGCGACAUGGAAUGUAUUGAAAAUGGAGAAAUCAGUUCUGAAACAAGCAAUGAUAUUCAAGAUCACUCCCUCCAAAAUCAGACAGAUGCUAUUAGUUCUGAUACAAAAGACGAAGAGGAUAGCUCUGAUGCAGUUACUGCUGUUGAAAUAAAGAAAGAGAAAUCUGACCAAGAUGCUUUCUGCAGUGUCAAACUAACAAACAAGAGUGAUGAACAAGCAUAUCGUGACAAGGAAUGUACUGAAUGUUUUCACACAACAGAGGAUACAGAGAAUGGAGAAGUUGGUACUGAUUCGAACAACAGUCUGAUCCAUGAUAAGAUUGAUAAUCAAGAUCACUCCCUCCAAAAUCCUGUAGAUGCAACUGUCUCUGAAACAAAAGAGGAUGAGAGAUCCGAAAAAGACGUUUUGCAUGAUAUCGUUGAAUUCUCACAUGCUGCUUCUGUGGUGGAUUUUGAAACUUCAGUCCUGGAUGUGAAGUUUGUUUCGCAGACUAGUUGUGACCGAAACUGUCCCCUUGAAGCCCUUUUGUCCGACUUGCCAAAGUCUAAAUCUGAAGAAAUUUUUGUGGUGGAAAGUGAUGUUAAGCCUCCAAGUGAUGAGCACAGUGAGUUAAUUUCAGUGGAGGAUGAUGAACCACUUGGUUCUGCCACUUACAGCCAAAUACAUGUGGAUUUUGACUACUGUAGUCUACCAGAACCUUUAAGCAAUGAUGGUGAAACCCCUCUAACUUCUAGUAUAUGCUGCAGCCAUGAAACUUCAUCAUACAGUCUCAUUUGAUGAGUUGAUUAGGGGUCAUUGUCUUCUUAUUGUUUGUAAAUUUGUAUAUAAAUAUGACUUGAUCUUCUUGCUCUUGCUUUUCAGUUCCUCAACUGUUUAAGGCAGUUUAAAUUUUAACAGACAUGCCAAAAAAUGUUGAGACUACACUAAUGUAGGAACACUUUUGUGCUGUGUUUUGAGUAUGAGUAGAUUUGUUUGAUGCUAAUCAUCACUGUUUUGUAGAUUUCAUACCUUUUUUGGGUGUUGUAAACUGGAUAAUGCCAUUAUUUUGGCAAAGUGAUGUAUGAAUGAAAGAAAUAUGGUAUUAUUCUUUAAA